UCCAUGUGCGGGCCGCAGUGGGGGGGUGCGGGCCGCUGGGCCCCGCGCUAGCCGUGUCGCUCGGACAUGUUGCGCCUUCCGAGCCGGAGGCUUGUCGCGGCGGUGAGGGGCUGGCGCGGCUUUUCAGUUUGCAAGUCAUGUGCUCUCCGAAGAUAUUCCAUCCAGCCUGCCCAGCAGAAGAAGAUUCCAAACCGGUAUUUGGGCCAGCCCAGCCCCUUCACACACCCACACCUUCUCAAACCAGGAGAGGUAACUCCAGGACUGUCACAGGUGGAAUAUGCCCUUCGCCGACACAAACUGAUGGCACUGAUCCAGAAGGAAGCCCAUGGCUGGAAUGGAUUGGACCACACAGUGAUUCUGCUGUCCAACCCCACGUACUACAUGAGCAAUGACAUCCCCUAUGUUUUCCACCAGGACACUAACUUCCUGUAUCUCUGUGGGUUCCAGGAGCCUGACAGCAUCCUGGUGCUCCAGAGCAUUCCUGGAAAAGCGCUACCCUCUCAUAAAUCCAUACUUUUUGUGCCCCGGAGAGAUCCAAGCCGAGAGCUGUGGGAUGGGCCCAGAUCAGGCACGGAUGGGGCAAUUGCUCUCACAGGAGUAGAUGAAGCUUACACUAUCGAGGAGUUCAGACCCUUGGUGGCCAAGCUGAAAGGUGAGUCAAACAUUGUUUGGUACGACUUGACGAAACCAGUGCAUACAGAGCUGCACUCUGACUACAUGCAGCCCCUGGCUGAGAUAAAAGCUCGGAACAAAAACCACAUCCAGGGUAUCCGACAUCUGGUGCAAAACCUUCGGUUGAUCAAAUCUCCUGCAGAGAUUGAAAGGAUGAAGAUAGCUGGACGGGUGACAGCAGAGGCUUUCAUGGAGACCAUGUUUGCCAGCAAAUCCCCAGUGGAUGAAGCCUUUCUGUAUGCAAAGUUUGAAUUUGAGUGCCGAGCUCGUGGUGCUGACAUCUUGGCAUACCCCCCUGUUGUUGCUGGUGGCAACAGAUCAAACACUUUGCACUAUGUGAAGAACAAUCAGCUCAUCAAGGAUGGUGAACUGGUCUUGCUAGACGGUGGAUGUGAGUCUUCCUGCUACGUAAGUGACAUCACACGUACCUGGCCCAUCAAUGGAAGGUUUACUGAACCCCAAGCAGAACUAUAUCAGGCUGUCCUGGAUAUCCAGAAGUCCUGCCUGAGCCUCUGCUCCCCAGGCAUGAGUCUAGAAAAUAUAUACAGCCUCAUGUUGAGCCUUAUUGGACAGAAACUGAAAGAAUUGGGGAUUCUAAAGAGCAGCAGCACUGAGAGUCACUUCUUCAAGGCUGUUCGGAAGUACUGCCCACAUCAUGUGGGCCAUUACCUGGGCAUGGAUGUUCACGAUACCCCAGAUAUAUCCCGAUCACUCCCGCUCCAGCCAGGCAUGGUGAUAACCAUUGAACCAGGCAUUUAUAUCCCUGAGGAUGAUGUGAGUGCCCCAGAGAGGUUUCGUGGCAUUGGUGUGCGCAUUGAGGAUGAUGUUGUGAUAACAGAGGAUGCACCACUCAUUUUGUCUGCUGACUGUCCCAAGGAGAUCUACCACAUCGAGCAGAUCUGUGGCCGCAGCUUAUGAUGCCCCUUCUCUGCCUCUUGCAUCCUCCUCGGGAGACACAGCCCUCCAGGGAUGCAGAUCCCUGUAGCUGACUGUAGUUGUCAAGUGAUGGAGGGUGUGGAGAGUUGAUGGCUGUUUCCAAGACUGGGCUGAGAAGUGGAAUGCAAAAGGCUUGGUACUGAGGGGUGAGAAAGCAUAGCAACCUCUUCUGUGUGCAUUUUCCUUCUGAUUUGAUUAGUGCUGAUGUUGAGUUGUUGUAGGACAUGGGGGUGGAUUCAUCCCUCUGCUUUGUGGAUCCAUCUGUUCUGGUGACCUUGGAGAGAUGCAUUUUGUCAGUGCCACCAGCAGGACUUCUGCCUGGUCCCUCUCCAGAUGCAUAGGUGCAACUGCUGAGACCAGGGUCCCAUUUUUUUCCCCUUUAGCAGUAGUUUCACAACAGUUAGAUUUAAAAAAUGAAGCAUUGAUAAAUGCUGGUUUGGGGGAAUAAAGUGUGUCAGACAGCUUUGAUUUUUAUAGAGCCCUGAAAGGAGGCGUUUUGGUAGUCAGGAAGAUGGGUUUAGUUAAGAGGUAGUUUUAUCUGAAGCCUGGGAAGAACACUUCUGGUAUUUUAAGGAUAAGGAUGUGAUUUGGCCUUGUUCAGGCAUAUGCAGAAUAGGCCAACAAUAGGGAAAAAGAUCUCAUAUGGUCUUUCAGCUUAGUGUAGUGUUUGGUAAUUUCAGAAGGGAUAAAUAGGGCUCAGGAGGUUGGACAUAGCCAUUCUUGCUGUCUUCCACAUUCCCUUCUUUUUGUCCCGCAUGUCCAUUCCAGUCUCCUGUUCUGAGCCCACCUCUAUCCUGGGAAGUAGGGCCAUGUUGGCUGUACUGGACUCCACUGGUGAGCUGCUGGCUGGCACCUAGAUGUGAGGUGUCCUAUUCUGGGACAGUCACAGCACCUUUCUGGUUUAUGCUGUAAGUGCCAGCAACUUCAGCAGUGCAUUUUUGAAGAGUCUACCCUUUGAUGAGUCUUGCAGCUUUUAUAUGGAAUCUAAAGUAAUUCAAGUUUUCAAAACACUGAGGGCUUGAUCAUAGCUGCCUUGUGGGUUUUGCCAAGUGCAGUCAGUAACUAAUGCACUGUGAUAAUAUUUUUGAGGUAGCUGCAAAUGUGGUUAGGGGCUAUGAUGGACGGGGAGUAAAGAGAAGAGUUGUCUUCCCUUAACAUCAGCCUACCACCCAGGCCAUUGUAUGCAGUAGUAAAUACACCUACUAGAGGCAAACAUGUUGUCUGUGUAUUUACUGAAAAUGUUUUGACAAUCAGCUGUUUAACAUGUCUGAAAAAUGGCUCUCAUCAGUGCACCUCCUGUUAUUUAUGCUUGCUGUUGCAUCACAUCAUCUUACUUCCUUUCUGAUGGUACCUUUCAGUAUUUUUCAUCUGUUAUCCUCAGUCCUCCCCUCCCCCCCACUAUAAUGUCACUGUUUUCUAAUCAAUGUCACUGCCUCAUCUCCGGUUUGUCAUAAUUUCCCACAGUGGAUGUUGUCAGAACCAUGUUGGGGAAGUAGUCAGGGUUCACGAGUUCAACCUCUGGAUCUGUUGCUGUGUGACCUCUAGCAAAAUCUGCUUUUUUUUUUUUUUCUUCUUUUUUCCUUUCCAUUUCACUUAGUGAAGGCCAAAUGGACAGUGUUUUGCAUCUGUCACUGCUUUUAAUGGGAGCUGGGUGCAUGCACUGUGGUUUGAAUUUGGCACUUGAAAGGCAGCCAAGACGUGCCAUAAUUUUAUUUUUUAAACAGGACAAAAGGUAAAUUCUUUUCUAGAGUGUAGUAUAUCGAGUUUCAACUAUUUCAAAGAAUCUGCUAAUCUUCGGUAGAAGCCUUUGUUACAUGUUCAUCCGUUACAGUGAUAUGCACAAUGUAAAUUGUUAGAAGGAAAGCUUGUUAAGUGUGGACACAGAAUUAAUGAAUGUUUUUUAUGUUAUUCUGAUCUGUAACUUGUCUGUUGUUCCGAUUACACCUGUUAGAGCCAUGUCAGCUGGGACAAAUCUUGAAUUUUGGAACUAUGUAAGCAGCUUAAAAUUACAUUAACCUGAGAGCUAAAUGUGUGUGCUGAUCUGCACAAGCGCUUGUGUUCCUAACAGAGUUAAUGAUUGUACUUACUGUAAAUAAGCCUUUGAAAUACAUAUUAAAAAGUUAUUUUUAAAAUAAAA